AUGGCCACCGCAAAGGAGCGCCACCCAGCAAUCUACAUCGAGCGCAAUGAAGAUACGCACUCCCGCCCGCGCACCGUCCCCAUGCGCCUCCUCUCCUUGGGCUACUCCCGCACCGGCACAAUGACCAUGCAACUCGCGCUCGAAACCCUCGGCCUCCCGUGCUGGCAUUGGGUCACUAUGUCCGAGAAUCCCCCGGAUCUCGCAAUGUGGGCUGAAUGCCUUGAAGCCAAAUGGGAACCGGAACUCCACGGCCACACGAAACCGUUCGGACGGGCUGAAUUCGACAACCUGCUCGGCCAUUGGAGCGCCAUGACCGACCAGCCCGCUGCCGCCAUGGCAGAAGAACUGGUAGCCGCUUAUCCUGAAGCGAAAGUUGUGCUGGUGGAAAGGGACGUCGAGAAAUGGUUCGCCAGCUUCGAACGCACCGUCAUCGCCGGCGUAGAGAACCCAUUCAUCCCCUUGGCCGGCGCGAUAGAUCCAUGGUACAUUGGCCAAAUGGGCCGACAGACUGAUCUGCUCAAUACGCACUUCUUCCAUGUGACUGCACCGCGGUUCCGGUGGGGGUUGUUCAACAACCCGGAGCACUUUCGGCAGUGGCGGGAGAACGCCAGGGAGGCGUAUUUGGCGCACAAUGAGUUGGUGAAGCGGGUGGUGCCUAAGGAGCGAUUGUUUGUGUUCAAGUUGGAAGAUGGGUGGGAGCCGCUGUGUAGGUUUUUGGAGCUGCCGGUGCCUGAAGUGCCGUUCCCGAGAGUGAACGAGACUGAGGUGGUGCAAGAGAAGAUUAACUUGUAUAUCGCCGAGAGCUAUAAGCGGAGUGCGAUUCGGUUUGCGAAGAAGGCGGUGCCUGUUGCCGUGGUGUUGGUUGCUGUGUCGGCGUGGUGGGUUUGGCGGUGA